AACAAAAACGAAAAAAAAAAAAAAAAACCUAAAUUUCAUCACUGAUCGGCCGCCAUCGCCAAGUAGUGGAUAUGCCGUCGUGAGCAGCGCAGCCAGCUCCCUCCUUCCGAGCCGAUUUCAAGCCACCUGUCCUGAACAGGGUAUGCUACAAUCAGGAGAGGGAAAUAUUUUGCAUGCUUUAUAGCUAACCUGAAAAGAGCUCCAGUGAGAAUCUGAACUUUUAGAAAGCUAAUAAGAAGAUCCUGAAGUAAAUAACGCUGUAUUUCAAGUAGAACUCGUCUAUUUUUGGAAAUACUAGUUGCCAGAGGAGGACUUGGGAUAAGAAGAACCAGAUUGAUGGGUAUAGAAAACGCAGUAUCGGUUGAAAUACCAAGUACUUGCCACAAAAAGAAAAAAAGAAAGAGACAAGACGAAGGUAAGAAUGUUGAGGCAAUCCAUGAUUGUCCAGAAGGGACUUCUUCAGUUAGAGCAGUUCCUACAAAUGCGGAUGCUACAACGUUAGAGCCCCCAACCAAUGUUAUUUCAGAAAAGAAGACAAAGAAGAAAAAAGGUAAGACAAGCGAUGACUGUAAAAUAAAUUCUACAGAUCAUAAGAGUACCUUAUUGGAGAACAAUUCUUCAGUCAAUGCUGCUCCUCUGGAUCCUUCAGUUAAUGCUUGGACUAUCGCGGUUCCUACGAAGGCAGAGGAUACAACAUUGGAGCCCUUAGCCAAUGUUGCUUCAGAAAAGAAGAAAAAGAGGAAAAAAAGUAAGACUUGUCAUGCUGUAAUAGAUAAUGAGAGCGGCUCAUUGGAUAGCAGUGCUUCAGUGAAGGAUGCUACUCCGGAGCCUUCACUUGAUAUUUGUACAGUCACGGUUACUACAAAAGCAGAGGCUACAACAGUAGAGCCCCCAGCCAGUCUUACUUCAGAAAAGAAGAAAAAGGGUAAGAUUGCUGACGGCUUUAAAAUGAAUGGUAUGGAUCAUGAGAGUGCCUCAAUGGAGAACACUGCCUCAGUGAAGGAUACUCCUUGGGAACCUCCAGUCAAUAUUGAUAUGGUCGCAGUUUCUACAACAGUGGAGGAUCUGACCAAUGUUAAUUCAGAAAAGAAAAAGAAGAAGAAAAAGAGUAAGAUAGCCGAUGAAUUUAAAAUGAAUGCUAUAGAUAAGGAGAGUUCCUUAAUGGAGAACAAUGCUUCAGUGAAGGAUACUCCUCGGGAGCCUCCAGUCAAUAUCGACACGGUCCCGGUAUCUACAGUGGUGGAGGCUACAACAUUAGAUCCAGCCAAUGUUACUUCAGAAAAGAAGAAAAAGAAGACAAGUAAGAGAAGUGAUGACUUUAAAAUGAAUUUAACAGAUCAUGAGAGUGCCUCAUUGGAGAACAGUGCUUCGGUGAAAGAUACUCCUCUCGAGCCUCCAGUCAAUAUUCUUACAAUCGCAGAUCCUAGAAAGGUGGUGGAGGCUACAACAUUAGAGCCCUCAACCAAUGGUACUUCAGAAAAGAAGAAAAAGAACAAAAAAAAUAAGGCAAGCAGCGACACUCAAAUGAAUGUUGUAGAUCAUGAGAGUGCCUCAUUGGAGAAUGGUGCUUCGGCGAAGGAUACUUCUCUGGAGCCUUCGGUUAAUAUUUGUACUAUUGCAGUCCCUACAAAGGUGGAGGAGGCUACAACAUUAGAUCCCCCAACCGAUGUUACUUUGGAAAAGAAGAAAAAAGAUAAGGCCAGCAGCGACUCUAAAAUGGAUGUUGUAGAUCAUGAGAGCUCCUCAUUGGAGAAUGGUGAUUCAGCUAAGGAUACUUCUCUUGAGCCUUCAGUUAAUAUUUGUACGAUUGCAGUUCCUACAAAAGCGGAGGAGGCUACAACAUUAGAUCCCCCAACUGAUGUUACUUUGGAAAGGAAGAAAAAGAAGAAAAAAGAUAAGGCCAGCAGCGACUCUAAAAUGGAUGUUGUAGAUCAUGAGAGCGCAUCAUUGGAGAAUGGUGCUUCAGCUAAGGAUACUUCUCUUGAGCCUCCAGUUAAUAUUUGUAUGAUUGCAGUUCCUACAAAGGCGGAGGUGGCUACAACAUCAGAUCCCCUAACCGAUGUUACUUUCGGAAAGAAGAAAAGGAAGAAAAAAGAUAAGGCCAGUAGCAACUCUAAAAUGGAUGUUGUAGAUCAUGAAAGCGCCUUCUUGGAGAACAAUGCUUCAGCAAAGGAUACUCCUGUGAUUCCCUUAGCCAAUUCUUCUAUGAUUGCUGAUCCUAGAGAGGCGGAGGCUAUGACAUUAGAGCCACCAACCAACGUUGCUUCAGAAAAGAAGAAAAAAAAGAAGAAAAGCAAGACAAACGACGACUCUAAAAUGAAUACCACGGACCAUCUAAGUGCAUCAUUGGAGGCUAGUGCUUCUAAAGUUCGUUUACAUCCUGAAUCUGUUGUUGGUACUGACACAGUAAUAAAUUCAGAAAGGUGCCCUUUAGAGUUUGUACUUGGCAAAGAAUCAGUUGCGUCCUCAGAGAAGAAAAGGAGGAAAAGAUCUAGAAGUAAGGACCCUACUACCGAUAAUAUUGAUAGCGAGAAUCUAAAUGGUGCCAUCUUGGAGCCUACUGCCGUAAGAAGAGAACAACAAAGUCUGGAAAUUUCGGACCAAAGUAGUACUGCGAAAACAACCAAUUUGGAAAAACCCACACCAAAUUCUGAUUUGGGUUGCUCUGAGCAACAGACAGACGAAAGGAACAGGAAAAAGAGAACUGGGAAACAGAAAAACAAGCAAGCUAUGGAGCCGAAUGUCCAUGAGAAUAAUGACAAGGUUCUUGAUGGUACUGUUCAGCCUCCAUUCAAAUCAUCUGUAGAAAUAGAGCCAGAAGUGAAACCACAGUGUUCCCAGUCUAGUCUUUCUCAUGUAAUGGUCGAGGAGGAGCAGAAGAAAUUCAGUGCCUCGGAGAUUGAUGAUAUGGACCAUGCACUAAAUAAAAUUGUUGGCAUUCUCAGCCAAGGUGAUUUUGUUACAGAAGUUGCAGGCCUGAACUCAACUGGCAUAAAGGAAGAAUUUCUGAACCGUGAGGAACAAAGUGGUUUAUCGAAUGGAGUAAAUAAUGGUUCAAUAAAGAAAUGCAAUGGCCACACUGAGGUUUGUAAUGUUCUUGAAACGAGGGAAUUUGAAACGUACAAGCGAAGGAAAAAGAACCAUCACAUGAAAGUGAGAAAGUCCUCUGACUCAGGAGAUAAAUUGCAACCAGUUGGAGAUAAGGACGGUAAUGAUACUUCAUCUCUGUGUUCGGUAGAAGAAAAUACAUCUGUCACACUCAAUGAUAAGUUUGAAAAGACUUCUUCAGGAAUAGAUGUCUCAGAAAAGGUUGCUGACAUUAUGAUACAGAAAGAUACUGUUAAUCAUUCUAUCAAGAUAGAAAAAACAAGGGAAGAAGCUCCUUUGUCAUCAAAUAAUGGUGAAGUAGAAGAUGUAGUUCAUUUGGAUGCAGUCGUUACAGAGGGAAAUAUUCCACAGAUGCCUAACACUUUGCCGGAAAGAUCCUUAGUUGUCUGUUCUAAGAAAAAGCUUCUUAUCCUUGAUGUGAAUGGAAUUCUUGUUGAAUUUGUUUCACAAGUUCCUAGGUAUUGCCGGCCUCACAUAAGAAUAUCAAAGAAAGGAGUUUUUAAGAGGCCCUAUUGUGAUGAUUUUCUACAAUUCUGCUUCGACAGAUUCAAUGUUGCUGUUUGGUCGUCAAGAAUGAAGAUCAAUGUGGAUAAGGUGGUGAAUUUUCUUUUCAAUCAAACCAGACAUAAAUUGCUCUUUUGCUGGGAUCAAUCACAUUGCACUCCUACGGGGCUUAACACCAUAGAGAAUAAGAGUAAACCCUUGGUUCUGAAGGAACUGAGGAAAGUAUGGGAAAAGGUUGAGCCUGAUCUUCCCUUUGAAAAGGGGGAGUAUGAUGAAACGAACACUUUGUUAUUGGAUGAUUCCCCAUAUAAGGCUUUACGCAAUCCGGCCAACAUUGCUGUUUUUCCCUUCCCAUAUAAAUUCAAUAACCGGCAAGAUAACUCAUUAGGACCUGGAGGAGAUCUCCGGACUUAUUUGGAAGGAUUAUCUGAGGCCGAUAAUGUUAAAGAGUACGUAGAACAGAAUCCAUUCGGUCAAGGAGCCAUUACAAAGUCGCACAAACAAUGGAGCUUUUAUUGUCAAAUUGUUGGCGCUGGUGAACCGGUCUCCAAAUUAUGAGACACCAUUAACAUUGUUGAACAAGAGAACUGAUGAGAAAAGGUAUUUCUUAGACUAAUGCUAUUGAAACUCCAUUAGCCGAGGACUGUUUUGCACCAAAGAUGGAAACUUUCUGUGUAGCUUAAAUACUACUACUAGUCCAUGGUUAGCACACAAAUUUGAGCUUUUUACUUUUAACUAUAAUUCGAGACUUUUUUUUUUGGUAACUUGUAAGGUUUCAAAAAGUUUGUGUUUGUUCUGCUGUAACAUUUUUGACAUUGAUCCGAAAAUGGUGAUGCGUAAAGGAUGCACUAUUGGGUUUAGCGAGGAUUCUCUAGGAUAGUGUACUAAUGGCAAAGUAACAAAAUUGAUUCUUCAGUAUAAGGAUAUUCUGCAUACAAACAUUGCAAUUUUGUAUUUCUUUCUUAGUUGUUCUUCAUUG